UUUCUACUUUCUGCCCCUCCAUCCUGAACUAAACCCCUUUCGGCCGUCCGCAUCCGACCCCGUGACGGAUAUGGAGUCCUCCAAUCAGCGAGUCCCGUGGGGCAACAAGCGCGUUCCCGGCAGCCGCCAGACGCCCGCCAAGAAUACCCGCGCCGCCCAUCGCCCAUCAUCGACGCCGCUAUCUUCCCCUUCCAAGGCUGCUGCUGCUGCUCUUCUUCGGUCGCAGAAUCUCCGCCAGGGUGCAGUUCGCGGGACGCGCAGUAUAGUCAAUCAGGAGAUCGUCUCCGCCUUCGAGUGGGAGGCCUUGACCCUGGAGAAAGCCAAAGCCUCGGUUGCAAUCCCGGCCACGGACAGAAAGAAGGCGCAGCCGAAGAAGCAAGGCAGGGCAUUCUCUCCUGAAGAGCCGCCGCAUUCGUCUCUCGGAAUGUCGCGCAACCGUCCCAGGGGCCCUCCGAUGCCCAGGGACAAUGGCCUGGCUGCCAAUGAGGAAACAGACAUGUGGAACAAGAUUCUACAAGAUCUGCGCAAGGCAAAGGAGAAGAACGAUAAGCAAAAGCUCAUCGGGGACCAGAUCCACGCGCUGAACGAAAGGAUUGGGAAAGACGGUGGAAAACCUACGCUCGGCGAGCAUAACCAACUGGAUGCUCUCUACCGUCAGAUGGCCAAGCUCUGCGAAGAUGAACGAGCUAUCCUCCAGGAUGAACCAAGUGAUGUGAUCAAAAAUCUGGGUCUCUUGACCGCUCUCCGUCAGGCAUCCGAAAUGGAAGCCCCGCUCAAUCGCGCGUCUGCUCUGGGCAAGUCCCGCAAGAAGAGGAACGAUGUCGAUGGAUCGGCCACCGACUCCCCUGGCCCGUCCGGUCCGUCUUUUUCAGAUAAGGCGAACCGCAAGGGCGGUGUCCAGCGCAGUACGAGCGUCUCGAGCGCGCAGGCCCGGGACGGCCGAGAAAGCCGAGAAAGUGUGCACGUCAAAGUAGAGGAAGGGGCCGAGAGUACCAAGGGCAUGGUGGCGGAGCGCACGGGGCAGUUGACCAUGGGCGCCGAAGUUGUCUUCAAACACAACAAAAACAAACAAGGCGUGGAAGGCGAGGGCAUCCAAUGCAUCAUCAAGUCUAUCACGGGCGAGGGAAAUAAGAAACGGUAUGACGUUCAGGACCCCGAGCCGAAUGAGAACGGCGAACAGGGCGCUGUCUUCAAGACCACGGCCGUCUCACUGAUUCCUAUUCCGAGGGUUGGGACGGCGCUGCCCUCCUUCAGCGUGGGCAAGCAGGUCCUGGCGCGGUACCCUGAUACGACCACGUUUUAUCGUGCGGAAGUCAUGGGAUCCAGAAAGGAUACCUACCGUCUCAAGUUCGAAGGCGAGGAAGACGACAAGGAAAUGGAAGUCGACCGUCGAUUUGUCCUCGAUAUUCCGGGUAAAUGAGCCCUUUCUCCGAAAGAACGGUCUACGAAGACAGCCUCCACUUCGGGACCAAACAGUUCUGGUCUGUCCGGAAGAACAUGAUACCCUUUGAGCCGCAGCGGUUUGCAUUCAUUGUUAAUGGGUUAAGGAGUUUAUAGUUUGGCGGUAUCCUUAUUUUACUGCUGGUUGAAAAAACACUGCUCGAUCAGAAGCGAGGCGUUUGGAUCAUAGAUUGCUGGGAUGUUUUUUCUAAUAUUGUUCUGGGUAGCUUUCUUAUAUUAGUGAUAUUUCUAGGGUAGAACUCUAGGGUAGGACUAUUAGAUUCACCUGGUUAUGUUCACGGGAAAAUUCUAGGGCAAUUUUCUAUAAGAUUUCGGUUCGCAUUCCAACUAGUCAGGUUGACUGGUUCAUAUAUCGCAAGUCAAUUCUAUUUGAUCAACGGCUCAUUGUUAUGAUGACCUUAAUCAGUCCGCCCUCACAGAAUAUACUUCGCAUAUUUAAUCAAAUCCACAUCCACCGACGCAUUGACAGCCUUGAACGCCGCCGUAAAAUACGGAAUCUCCUUGCCAUCAUAGACGCACCGAUUGCCAUGCAGCCCGAUCGUCACCUUACCCAGAUCCUCGCUGCUGGAUUCCCAGAUGCCUUGACGCACGAGGGUCUUGAUGCUGAUGUUGCCCAGGAUGUCUGCGUUUGUGAGACCAUGUCGCAGGGUUAAAUUUGGGAUGUCGAUGUAGCCGAGGUCUUCAUCGCCUAGGGUGAGGUUGAAGCCGACGGCGCCCUGUAGGAUGGGAAAGGUUCGAUCGCAGUUAGUGGACGGACGGGUUUUGUUGUGGGUUUGGAAUGCAAUGGGGAAGGGCAAGGGGGUGAUAUAUGUACCACUUCGACGUUGAAUGGGGUCGGGUUUUUAAAUGCCACGGUGGCGUUCACAUUGUAGCCUUUCUUUGGGGGGUCGAGGAUAUGGAUAUCGGUUACGUUGAAUGCGCCGUCGCGGUUGAGGAACUCUGGUGGUUGUGCUUCAGUUAGGAUGUAUAUCUUUCGGGUCUAGGAUUAUUGGUGGUGGGGUAGAGUUACCCUGGGCGUUAUAGCCUGUUUACAGAAGUUAGCAAUUAAUUGAAAUAGGGAAUCAUUGAAUACAUGAUGCUGGGUCCAGAGCAUACCUUGCAUCUUCAUGUUCUUAUGAAUAUCUAGUUGAGCAGUCGGAAGGCCAUUAACCUUGAGAUCUGGAUUUCCGGUAAUGACAAUGCCGAACUCUUUGCUCGAGACUGCGGACGCCGCUAAUUGCGAGAAGCAACUGACGCACGAAAGAUGCAGAUCCUGGUCAAUGUCAAGGGUGGCGCCAUUGCUGAACUCGAUCUCCGGGACGGGGAAAGUAGCAAAGGUCCUGUCCGACCCUGGGGCACUGAGUGAUGCAUUAAAGGCAGAGAGUUUUCCGCUGCCACUGAAUCCACCUCCAACGUGGAAUUCUUGAGACUGGCGGAUAUGAAACGAGUCCGGAGAGGGGUUUGAGAUGGUGAGACCGGAGGUAUCGAAGUUGUGGUCGUUGAUAUAUUUGUUGGCGAAGUUAGGGACUCCCACGUAAAUG